GUUACGAAAUGACACCGGUUAGGAGUCGUUCAUCGAGUGGUUCCGGUGAUCCUGACAAUUAUGAUAUUGCUGACUUAAAAUCGGAUGACGAAACCGAUGAUGAAUGUGCUCCAAGAAAAAAGAUACCAAAUUGGGCUCGAGGUAUGCAACUCCGCGCAUCUCUACUACAGCAACACUGUAAUCCUCCCGAUCUCAAUGCUCUGUUUGGAGUUAUUGGUCGUCCUGAUCUUAAGGAGAUCUUUCCGAUAAAACGAGGAUAUUUUCAGAAAAGAACUAGUUCUGCAGUGUGGCCUUCCCACAGCUUUUUAUCAAAUUGAAUGCAUAAAUGCAAAUAAAAUGUAACUGUGUGUUUUAAUUCCAUUUAUUUCAUGAUUUUUAAGCAAAAUUAUUAGUUAUUUUUACAAUAUAUAUUAUUUCAUAAUUAUGAUUUGAAAUGAAGACCAUAAUCACUUAUAAAAAAUUUUGUUUAAUUUAAUUAAAAGAAGCAUGUAUGGGUCAUAAUUGCUAUUUCUAUUUUAAUUUCUAAUUAACUCUGUUUUGUGAAUUUUGAUUAUAGAAAAGUUCAACCUGCAGAUUUUUGGGUUUACAUUUUUCUAACCCAAAAAUCUUAUAUAUUAUAGUGUCUUAGACUUUUUGCAUUGACUUUUGCAGUAUAUUUAUUAAUUGAGAAAUUGCUUAAUGUAGCAUUA